GAUCCCCUCCACAACCCGGCACUUCCACUUUUCUCGUAUGCGGAGGUUUGCCUUGGCCCGUUGCCUCGGAUAGACAUAACUGUGCUAUGGGGCACCAGUAUUCCUUUAAAGGUCCAGGAUUGUCUGGAAAGCGUCCGGGGAAAUGGCAUUUCAAAGUUCUAUCCCUUCACUUCCCCCACUUUCAUCGCUAUCAUGUCGAACGGAAUACACCCAAGCAACGGGCCGCUUCACACAGUCCCUUUAUUGAUAAACGGGUCGGGCCAUCAUUCUAUUCAAGCAUUUGACGUUGUCUCUCCUGCCACAGGCAAGGUCGUCCACCGGUGUCACUCGGCUUCGGUGGACGAUGCCAACCUCGCAGUCGAAGCCGCCGCAAAGGCUCUCAAGACAUGGCGCAAAAUUCCCCCAGAGCAACGACGCGAUAUCUUCCUCAAAGCCGCUGAGGUGAUGGAAAGGCGACGCACUGAAUUACGUCAAUACAUGGGAGAUGAGACGGGUGGCGAAGCUGGCUGGACUGACUUCAACUUGAGUGUUUCCAUCAAUCAUAUAAAGGAUGUCGCGGGACGGAUUGCAACCGUAGAAGGCUCAUUCCCGACUACCAUGAGCUCAGAUACCAGCGCAAUUGUCAUGCAAGAGCCGUACGGUGUCGUCCUGGCCAUCGCACCAUGGAACGCCCCCUACAUUCUCGGCACUAGGGCUGUCAUAUUUCCCAUCGCUACCGGGAAUACAGUCGUCUUUAAGGGAAGCGAACUCUCUCCCCGCACAAUGCUGGCCAUCGCGUCGGUCUUUCAGGAGGCUGGACUACCAGAUGGUGUCUUGAACGUCAUCUUCAAUGAGAGGGCUUCGGCAGCGGCAGUGACUUCGGCCUUGAUACAGAACCCACACGUCAGGAAGAUCAACUUUACAGGGAGCACUGCGGUCGGACGUAUCAUCGCAAAGCUUGCUGGAGACCAUUUGAAGCCCGUUGUUCUCGAGCUAGGUGGCAAGGCUCCUGCCAUUGUCUGGGAAGAUGCCGAUCUCGAUCUGGCUGCAGAGCAGUGUGCUCUUGGUGCUUUUAUUAAUUCAGGCCAGGUGUGUAUGUCCACUGAGAAGAUAUUGGUACACAAAGCCAUCCGGUCGGAAUUCGAGAAGAAGUUGGCAGCAUCUGUUGCGAAAAUCUUCUCGGCUGAAAACGACGCACCAGUCCUCAUCAGUGCGGCAGCUGUUGGGAAGAACAAGGCACUUGUGAAGGAUGCGGUCUCAAAUGGCGCUUCGGUUGUUCACGGAGAUUUGGAUCUCCAGGAGACUACUCAAACCCGACUCAGGCCGAUUAUUGUGAGCAAUGUCACAACGGACAUGGAUCUGUACAAGACCGAGUCAUUUGGCCCGACCGUCUCCAUCCUAGAGAUUGAAACCGAGGACGAAGCGAUUCGGCUCGCCAACGACACCGAGUACGGCUUAUCAUCAGCUGUUUUCACAUCGGAUCUACGGAGAGGCCUCCGUAUUGCUCGCGAGAUUGAGACUGGCGCGGUGCAUAUCAACAACAUGUCGGUUCAUGACGAGAGUGGUCUCCCUCAUGGAGGCGCCAAGUCUAGUGGAUAUGGUCGGUUCAACUCGUCAGCUGGCUUGAGCGAAUGGGUAAGGUCAAAGACUGUUACCUUUAGGAACUAGGGUUUUCUGGGGAAGUGGGAGAUUGGGUUUCAAUCAAAUGCCAUAUUUAUCCCGUACGUCUAGUUUGGUCCAUGAGACUCUGAGAGUGGUUCGUUAUUUGUCUAGUUAAGUGCCUAGCUUCAACUGGUCGUCCUAGCCUUCAUUGAGGACUUUCUUUUGCUCAAAUUCAUUUCCUACGAGUAAU